AUUAAUUCACUCAGCUCAGAAAGUGAGAUCGGCCCAACCCCAGUAAAUAAAUAAUACACAGGUCACGCCUAUUUUUGUUUUCGUACUUAAAAAAAAAAAAUACAGGCAUUAAAUGGCAGUGUUGACGAACCCAGGUACGGGGACACCAAGCAUUUACUCCCAUGUAACCAGAUCGACUUCAAAUCUCAAAUCAACCCGUUCGCUCAGAUCACUGAAGAUCCCCUGGUACCGGAGGCCAUUGGUGCAGGAUGCUUACUUCCUCGAUAUCCAAAGGGGUGCCCUGAUCGCUGGAACUUAUUCUUUGUUCCUGAGUAUAUUCACAGUCAUAUUUGGCGUCUUUGAUCUAUACUCUCUGGCCUUGGCUGCUCCUGGUUCGACUCACUACGGUUUCUACUUCAUCAGCUAUGAGUUUGUCUAUGUUGGAAACAAACAUGUGCGAAACACUCUUAUCUUGUUUGCAUUGUUUUCUGUGAUAUCAGCAAUGACCGUUUUUGUUUCGAGCAUAAUGUUAAUAAUGGCGUUGAGAAAGGAACAUGAGAAAAAAAUUGUACCAUGGUUAUACUGUUUUGCAAUUUUUUCCAUCAUACGCAUCCUAGCCUCUCUGUUCUUUUCGAUCGUGAAUGACCUCAUCUUCGGUUACAACAUCAUGAUGGUGUUUUUUUGGACAAUAUUCUGCAUUCUCAAUGUCUAUUCUUGGAUUCUCAUCUAUUCGCUGUACCUGGAGUUAGCUGAUCUCACCAAAUUAGAGGACCUCGCUCAUCUCAGGCUGAGCACAAUGGCGUCGUUAGCUGCGUCAACAACCAACUCCAUUGCUGGAUCACGGCCUACAACGCCUUACAGUACAGUUUAUACAAUCCCAACUCCGACGCCCGUCUAAUGGAUGAAGCCAGUCAUGCUUCUACGCUUGAAGUCAACCCUAACCUAAGACUAACUACAUUUAUUUUAUCUCGUUCAUAUUAGGUUUUACUACUGCAGUAUCUUAACAAGAUCUUAUUAAUUUAUUAGAUUGUAUAGAUAUAUUUGUAUAAUUAUCGAGUAUAAAUCAGUCUGAAGUAUAUAAUUUUUUUAAAUAUAUUCAAUACGACUUUAAUAAAGUCAAUAAAAAAUUAUGAAAAAACAAUCAUUGUGUAUUUAUAAUCUUCAAAAAUGCUGUAUUAAUGUCACAAUUCAGUUGGAAAAAUAAAGACUGCAAUAUAUCCGUCCAAGAGAAUUUGAUGUGAUUUUGAAAUAUUGUUAUUUUUCUAAAUAAAGACAGUUCAAACAGAGAAUGUUAAUCUAGGUUUGUAAGGUAAAUAAGUUAUUUUUUAUAUUCAUUUAUUUCAUAUAUCUAAUUUUACUUAUGUACUUGAAAUUGAUUUUUAUAUAAUAAAUGUUACCCAACAUA